CGGAUCUGGACUCCAGCAUUUGUCCAUCUUGUGCCCAGCAGAGGAGCAAAGGAGGAGAAAUCUGUUACGAAGAGUCACACCAUGAGCAAUCAAAAAGGUUUGGAAUGUGUCGCGCCCUUGUUUUCUACUGUGGAGGAGACACCCCAAAAAAUCCCUACGGUGGUCAAAGGGAAGGUCCCCCCAUGGCUCAAGGGGAAACUGCUGAGGAACGGGCCUGGGAAGUUUGAGUAUGGAAAGUAUCAAUUUAACCACUGGUUUGAUGGUGCCGCCCUGCUACACCAGUUCACAAUUGAGAAGGGGGCUGUGACCUACCAAAGCAAGUUCCUCAGGAGCGAUGCCUACAAGGCCAACAGCCAGUACAACCGGAUCAUGGCCUCUGAGUUUGGAACCCUGUCUAUGCCGGACCCUUGCAAGAGCAUUUUUGAGCGGUUCAUGUCGAGGUUUGAAAUGAUGGACUCCACCGACAACUGCAAUGUGAACUAUGCGAUCUACAAAGGGGACUAUUAUGUCAGCACAGAGACCAACUUCAUGCACAAAGUGGAUGUGGAGACCCUGGAGUCAAAAGGGAAGGUGAACUGGAGUAAGUACGUUGCAGUGAACGGGGCGACUGCGCACCCGCAUUAUGACGCGGACGGAACGGCGUACAACAUGGGCAAUUCGUAUGGGAGACAAGGUUCAAAGUAUAACAUCAUCCAGAUUCCCCCCCAGAAGUCUGGUCCUGAUGACACCAGUCUGCGGGGUGCAAAAAUCUUGUGCACCAUUCAGCCCAAAAAUAAACCCUCCUAUUACCACAGUUUUGGAAUGAGCAAAAACUAUGUGAUCUUCAUUGAGCUGCCUCUCAUAAGCGUGUGGAAGCUCGCCACAGCGAAGACUUUUAAAAGGUCCUUUACCAAGCACAAGACCCGCUUCCAUGUGGUGGACAAGGUCACUGGGGAGGUCUUGCCCAAUAAGUACUAUACGAGGCCCCUCAUGUCUUUCCAUCAAAUCAAUGCCUUUGAAGAUGAAGGCUGCAUCGUCCUUGAUCUCUGCUGUCAAGACAAUGCGGCAGUCCUUGACAUUUUCCGACUGCAGAACCUCCGUAAGGCAGGGGAAGCCCUGGACAAGGCCUAUAAUGCCAUAGCCCCGUCAAGUCCGUGGCGCUUUGUUCUUCCCCUCCACGUGGAUCCCAGUACCCCCAACGGACAAAAUCUCAACCCCUUGUCCUACACAUCAGCAAGAGCUGUGAAGGAGGCUAAUGGGAAGAUCUGUUGUACACAUGAAAGUCUACAGGAUGACAUCCUAAAGGAAGCUGGAGGCUUGGAAUUUCCCCAGAUUAAUUAUUCCCGUUGCAAUGGGACGAAAUACCGGUUCUUUUACGGCUGUGGGUUCAAUCACAUCGCUGCAGACUCGUUGAUUAAGAUCGACACGCAGACCAAGGCGAUGAAGAUUUGGAAAGAGAAAGGCAUGCAUCCUUCCGAGCCGGUGUUUGUGCCAGAUCCUAAAGCUGCUGGAGAAGAUAGCGGAGUCAUCCUGUCUGUCGUGGUCACGCCCAAACAGAAUCAAGGCACUUUCCUGCUCAUUCUGGAUGCUGAGAAAUUCACCGAACUGGGCCGAGCAGAAGUUCCCGUGCAAAUCCCCUGUGGUUUCCAUGGCAUAUUCGUCCCACAGCGUUAGCUGGGCCCCUGUUCUUGGAUGGCUGUGUAACAGCGAGGGAAGACACUAUAACGUUUCGAAUCUCAAGAAUUCUCCCCUCUGUGGCCUUUGACAAAUUCAGUAUGUGCCUUG